AUGGCUUUGGUGAUUGAGAACCAGGAGGAAUUUGAAGGAGGAUUGGGUCUUGCUGGCCUGCUUGUUGCGCAGGCCAGAGCAGUCUUUCAAUUUCCCCAGCAAUUUGGUGUAGGUAAUCAUGUCCUGGUCUACGUGGAGUGGCUCACGCAUCUGCAUGAGCCAGAUCCCAUAUCGCCAUUGCCACAGGUGCUGUGA